UAUCUGGACUGUCCUUAAGAUAAAUACUUUGUAAAUUUAGGUAAUUGCAUUGCCCUCAUCUUGAGAAUUAAUAAGCAAUGUUGUUCUUUUUUUAAUUGACAUGAGCCACUUCAAAUUUUGAAAAUGGAAGGAACCUUAUGGCUAUCUAAUGCACAAAUGUUGCAGUGCCAGGGCUCCUCUUCACUUGUUUAUUGAAGGGGAAUGUGUUGUCUUUUCUGCUCCCAGUCAGCUUCUAGAUGUAGAAUAUCCGUCUUGGAGGGAGAGCCACGGGGUAGUGCUAGAUUGCCCACCUGCUAGCACUCUACCAAUCCCCCAAGUGCAAAAGCUGAUAUGAUCCCUUCUGGGCAAGAAAAGCAACAGUUCAUCUCUGGGGUAUGAAAGAGUCAUCUUUCUACAAUGAUUUGAAUUUUGUGAACCUGCAUUUGUAGUUGGCAAUUGCUUGCAGAUAGCCUCAGACAGUCAUCAGUAUGACCGGAUUUAUUGUGGAGCAGGUGUGCAAAAAGACCAUGAAAACUACAUGAAAAUUUUAUUGAAAAUUGGAGGCAUUCUGGUUAUGCCUAUAGAGGAUCAGCUAACCCAGAUCCUGAGAACUGGACAGAAUACUUGGGAAAGCAAAAACAUCCUUGCUGUAUCGUUUGCUCCACUUGUACAGCCAAGCAAAAGUGACACCAGCAAACAUGAUAGCGUGGGGCUGCCCCCCUGUGCUGUUAGGAAUCUACAGGAUUUGGCUCGGAUCUACAUUAGGCGCACCCUUAGAAACUUUGUAAAUGAUGAAAUGCAAGCCAAAGGUAUUAUACAGAAGCCUCCACCAAAGCGUAAACGCAGAAGAUGUCGUAGACGCAGGAUUAAUACCUAUGUGUUUGUUGGCAAUCAACUCAUUCCUCAACCUCUAGAUAGUGAAGAAGAUGAAAAGAUGGAAGAAGACCACAAAGAAGAUGAUGAUAAAGAUCAAAAUGAAGUCUUGAAAGCAGAGGAACCUCCACGAAACCUGCUGCGGGAAAAGAUUAUGAGUCUACCGCUCCCUGAAUCUCUAAAAGCCUACUUGACAUACUACAGAGAAAAAUAACCCUUGCUUUUAAGUAGAAAUAAUAAUGCCUACUUGAUAGUUUUUUAAUCCUCGAAAUGUAGCAUUUACUUAAGUACAGUAAUCUUUCAACAAGGCUAUAGAGCUGUGAUGAAUCGAAACAUAACUUGUCUUAACUUUGCUACAAGGACUUGGAUUCAGCAGUAGUUUCCUAUUUUAAAUCCUAUUUUGUUACCUUUUCUUUUUCCAGAAAAUAUUCUUUUAACUUGGAUAGAAAUGUGUUCCACAGCAGUAUAUAGCAUUAAUUAAGAGUUUGCAUGAUAAAUCUUUUUGUUCCCUAACAAAUUUGUAUUGAUGAGGAUUAGUGAUAUUUUAUACAAGUGAAUAAACAAAACAAGUGUAUACAGAUAACAAUCUGCAUUCUCUUAAGCAAGUUUUUAAAUGAGCAGACAUUUGUCGUCUCACUGAAUUAGAACAUUUUAUUUUACCAUGGUUAUAUUCCAAUCAUCGUUACUGUGUUGAAGUGAGUGUGUUCAGAGGAAUACACAAGUGCAAUAGCUGCGGACACUGAAUGAGCUGGCUUUAGUGUAAUAUGAGCAUUCAAAUUUAGAAAUGACAGAUAUUUUCUUUUAUAUCUCUUGCCAAAAAAUGUCAAAAAAAGUGACUGCUUCUCUGUCCCUUUCUCUCUCUGAGCCUUAAAGAAACAUAUUGACUAUAACAUUUCUAAAAAUUCUUUUCUUUAACACCAGCCAAUGAUUGAUUUCUUAACUUUCCAGCAUUUAUGAAAAAGUAUGUAACUUAUUUUUAAAUUUAAUGGUACAGAAAACAUAUUUCAUUUAUAAAAGAUUGUAAUUUAGGAUUCAGCUACUAUAUGUAUGUCUUUGUAGAAUAGAACAUGUAAAAAUUUUACUUGUAUUGCUUUUUUGCAUAGCAGUAAUAUUAGAAUUCAAGGAUUUAUUCAGCAAUGCACUUUAAGUGAUUCUGUACCUUAUUUAUUGCAGAUAAGGGAAGAUGUAUUUCAUUUUUACACUUGAUAUUGAUACUCCUUUUUGCAAGCUUGGGGACUCACGUUGCUUGACUAUAAUGUUCCAUCUGCAUUUUUUAUUAAAUAUUUAAAGGGGUUAUUUUUUAGAGCAUCUUUCUACUAGCAUUAAGUGAAUGAAAUAAAAUGGAGUUCAAAAUAUGCUUUAAAAUCUACUGUUGUUGAGAACACCUAAUCCCUGGGGCCAAUUAAAAGCAUUCCUUAUGGAGAAGAUUCCUAUACAGUUUAUUAUUGUACAUACAUAAACCAGAUUAAAUAGAUGAUAAAUGCUAUAGAUGUUCUCACAUUCUAAACUAAUAGAAAUAAACCAGUUCAACUGCGUAAUUCAAUCUGUCUUUUUUUCUAGUGUUCACUUCAUAGUAUUAUAAAGAUCUUGAGCAGUCUGUGAAAUAUAUGGGCUUUGUUCUUUAUAUACAAAUAAUGCCCCCCCCUUUUUUUUUUCUUUGCAAUUAUCAAAUUAAAUUCCACAGGUGAAAAAGGUUCAGGGGUUAUAAUUUAGAGUGGUUUUCAGAAAAUUAACACUAACAAAUAGCAUAUAUUACUGGAAACGUUUGCCAAUCUUAUUUCACAGCAACACAAACUGACAAAUGGCAGGCUUAUAUAGUGAAACUACUGCAGUAAUUCUGAAUGUUCAGUGGUGGGAAGCAUUGAUAGAUGCAAUGUAUUUUAUUAUCUGGAAUGAAGCUUAAGGCAUUUUGAAAAACAAUUAUCUUCUAGUCUUGGUUUUUCAUAUUUUCUCAAUUUUCAGGGUGCAAAAUGUAAAAAACUUUUCCCAGAAAUUUAUACAGGUUUUAAUGUAUUUUCUGUUGUAAACUUGUUCAGAUAGGCAAUAGAGGAGUUAUAAAUAUUAUGGGGCUUUUUUGUUUUUGUUUUUAUUUUAUUUUUUAGUUACGGAAGCAUUUUUUUGUGUGUAUAAGUUUACUUCCCAUUUUUGGAUUUGUA